CUCUCACAGUUUUCGAAGUUGACACGGAAAGAGAAUAAUAGUCAGAAGUCUACUUAACCUGUGAAAGCUUUUUCUGCUUUGUAGGAGAUAACUUUUUUUUUUUCGCAUCAUCUUUCAUUCGGAAAGAUUAAAUGGAAGGGAGUGUUGGGAAUAUGUUGAAGCUAAAUAUGAUAAUAGUGAUAUUGUGGUUUUCCAAAUUGAGCAUGGGUUUGGUUCAUAAUGAUAUGAAUGGAUUUGGAGAGCAGCCACUGUCCAAGAUUGCCAUUCACAAGACCAUUCUUGCGCUCCGUAGCUCGGCCUCUAUUACAGCAGCCCCGUAUGUCUUGGGCAAUAAGGGCGAGGAUACCGAAUGGGUGACUGUAGAACUAAAGUCCCCAGAACCAUCUAUAGAUGAUUGGGUGGGAGUUUUUUCUCCAGCAAAUUUCAAGUCAAUCGAGGAUCUCAUGCAGCACUUGUCAGUGGCGUUGAAUGUCUUGCAGAAAAAUGAAUUUUAUGUGAAGGUUAGUAAAUGUUCUUUUGCAGCCUCAGAGAUUGCUUAUCUGGGUCAUAUAAAGUCCGAUUGUGGUGUUAAAGCUGAUCCAGCCAAAACUCAGCCAUGGUGGAGUGGCCCACACCAGCAUUAAUCAAACAACUUCGAAUGUUCCUAGGUCUCACUGGCUAUUAUCGGAGGUUUGUGCAUGGAUAUGCUUCCAUAGCAUCACCUCUAACUGAUUUACUAGUUGCUAACAAUUGGUCUUGGUCCUCAGAAGCAGAAUUGGCGUUUGUUACCUUGAAAACAGCCAUGGCUUCAACCCCUAUUCUUGCACUACCUGAUUUCUAUCUUCCAUUUGCUAUUGAAACUAACUGACACAUCCAACCUAUGUGCAUUACCUGGUCUGUGCAUGGCAGCAACAUCAACCUAUUGUAAGGGUUCCUUCUUAGUUGGUAAUUCAUGGAGUCUGUAAUUGCAAUUUCUUAGUUGGUCAUUCUGAGUAGUGCUAAGAGUUCCUUCUUUAUUGUAAGGGUUGUGCCCAGUUAGUAUUGUAGAGAACGCUGCUUUCAUUUCCUUAUUCAUAUUGUAAGGGAAUUGUCCCAACCCUU